AUGGCGCGCCAGACGUCCUCCUUGACAUUGACUGAAGAACUGGAAAAGCUAGAACAAUCCAUCACUCUGACCCUCCAAGAGAUCGACCACAAUUUCAGCCGAGCCCAUCGAAUUGUUACGUCUAGCAUUCUGCCAAUUGUCGAACAGUACGCCGAGCACUCUCGCGAUGUAUGGGAAGGGUCGAAAUUCUGGAAGCAGUUCUUCGAAUCCAGCGCCAAUGUUUCCCUGUCCGGAUAUGAAGAACAACCGUCAACCCAUGGCACCUUCGACGACACCGUCACAGAAGAAUCCUCGGCAUCUACGCAUACCACACUUGAAGGCAGCGAGUCAUACACCACACCCUCUUCUGCCAGCCGUUCGAUGGUACAGAACGAAGAAGACAUUGAUCUGUCCUCCUUGACCAUCUCCCCAUCCCACAGCACACCUCGACCACAGACAAAGGCUAAAGAGCCAGUACCCCAACAACAGCAUUCAACAACAUUUGCAGACUACCCAUCUCCUUACGAAGCUCUGCGACGCGAAGUCAACUCAGCCUCCAAUUCAAAUCAAGGACCCACUCCAGCAAUUCCAUCAACACCCGGAAAAUCCUCUGCCAUGGCCAAUCAAGGUGGGGGAAUCACAACAACCCCCAGUUCCACCACCUACUCCCCACUCAUCUCUCGCCAAACCCCAACAUCAAUUCCACGACCCUCCACAAUCCGCAAGAAGACCGACCCUCUCCUACACCGAGUCCUCGACCGAAACUACCGCGUCCAAGCAACACCCAUCUCCAAUGCCCGAUAUGGCGGCUUCCAAAAUUCCAGGAUAGCCGCUACCACCGGAGCUGGAGCAGGCGCAAGCAUACCAGCAACACCUCUAGCAACCGCUAGAAACAGACUACUCGAAUCCACGCUUUCGUCCUCCCCCAACAUGCCCGAAGCCCCUCAGCUACACGCCGAGAUCUUCUCCUCCCCAGUCCGAAAACCGCGCACGCCAGGAGUGAGCGUCCUCACGCCGGGGAAACCGAAUGCUGCACGAAGCGGAGCUGCGUCUCGAUCUAAAGGUAUGGGUACAACAGCAGGAAGAGGAGCAGGAAUAUGGGAUAGUGAUGAUGAUGACGGCUUCGACGAUGAUGACGACGGAGGAUUACCGUUUGGCCAGUCUCCACCAAAGACAAUGCAAUUCCAUAUUCCGCAGAGUAGACUACUUAAAACACCAGCGAGAGAAGCAUCGAAACGCAUAGUCGAGGACCUCCUCAUGAGCGCCGGUCUAGGUGCAGCAGACGAAGACGAAGACGACAGCGCCGAAGAUUUCACGGAUGAUUUUGCCGGUGGCGAGGGAAGGGCAAGAAGAAGGAGUUUGAUGGAUGCGACGAGUCCGAGCGUGGUCCGGACGGCGGAGACAUUCGAGGACGAGAGUUUCUGA